GAUGGAUGGAUGGUUUCUCCAACCGGAGAGGGCCAUUUUUGGGGCCUUGAGAUUUGUAGAAGUUGGGGAUUUCCCAUGUGGAUGAGCAAUGAGGAGCAUCGGAGUUCUGAUAACUUUUUUGGUUUUAUUGGUAUCUUUCAGUGACGCAGAUGAACAUUGUAUAAAAGACUGCCAGAGAGACUUCGAUCCGUCUACUUUGUGGUAUGUUUGGGUGAUUCUUGUAUUUAUAUCUGUUCUCCUUGGAUGCGGAUUCAUCGCGAGCUGCAUCAGGAUGUGCUGCCGACCGAAUAAGCCACCUGUUCCGAUGUUUGAGGCCCAUUCUCUGGAAGUGACCGUGAUUUCCAUGGACAAUGAAAGCACAAUACGCAACAUAAGCCCCGUUUCCUCCUUCUCUGGUUCACAUCCACCUUACCCGUUCACUGCCGGGCCGGACAACAGUUUCUCUCCUCCGCCGUACAACCUGUACGCCAUGGACAGCCUCCCCCAGUACCACGAGGUCGUCGCCAUGCCCACCAAAGUGGAGGAUCCUGGGGAGGUCCAUCAGAUGUGCGCGCCUGAGGAGGAAUCCACGGAGUUUACCCAAGAGACCCUGCAACAAGAUGGCCGCCAAGACGUGCAAGGCACCCAGGGGUUGGAUGAGGAGGAACCACCGGCGUACCAGCCGUACAGUGACAUAGCAGAGGAAGAAUUUAACGAAAUAGAUCUGGGUGAACUUGACCCCACCGAUAGUCACAGGGAAGACGCCAACAUGCACGAACAGAACAUCUGAAGCUGGGCUUCAACCCCCUGUUACAAGGCCGGGAGAUUUGGUAAACACCCAAGACCUACAGUAGACUGCUCUGUCUAAGUACAAAGGUCUCGCACUUGGGACAAAAACGGGGAACGCUGUCCAUACAAAGACAAAAGGCAGUAAUGCGCGGUGUGAGUGCGGGUUUGUUUGUGUAGCUGGAGCCAGUGCCCUAUGGCCUCCAGUCAUCCUGAAUUUCACCACAUCUGAGUGCUUUUGGCACCGAUAAGGCUCUGUGUCACUGUUUACAGUCACGGUCGCUUGAGACUGGCAUGACCGAGGCUUUGCUUUGAUAAGAAACAGUGGGAGCAGAGGGGCCUCCUGCUUUUGUGUGAAACCCUCAUUGUUCUUGUUUCACAGAAGAAGAGCUAAACACCCC